CUCGCACUCGGUGCGCGGCGCGCGAUGCCGUGCGGGCAGCCGGGCGGCGGCGCCGCCCCCGCGCUCUACGUGGUGGGGGUGGACGUGGGCAGCACGGCGGUGAAGUGCCACGUCUACGACCGCGCGGCCGCCGUCAGAGGUUCCGGCUGCAGGAAGGUGGAGGCGCUGCACCCCCGGCCCGGAUGGGUGGAACUGGAUCCCGAAGUUCUGUGGAGUCAGUUUGUCGGCGUCGUAAAAGAGGCGGUGCAAGCUGCUGGACUUCACAUGAGGCAAAUUGCUGCUCUUGGCAUCUCAACACAAAGAUCCACUUUCAUCACAUGGCACAAGAGGACGGGGAAACCUUUUCAUAAUUUCAUAAGCUGGCAAGACUUAAGGAGUGCUGAGCUUGUCAAUUCCUGGAAUAGAUCCCUUCUGCUGAAGGUAAUCCAUGUUAUUUUUACAGUGCUUCAUUUCUUUACUGGAAAUGAUCGAUAUUUGGCUCCGAGUUUUCUUACCUUUUCAACACAACAGACUUCUAUGAAGUUGUCGUGGGUUUUUAAAAACAUACCUGAGGCUGAUGAAGCUGCCAAAAAGAAUAACUGCUGCUUUGGAACAGUGGACACAUGGUUACUGUAUAGACUGACUAAAGGUUCUGUAUUUGCUACAGAUUACUCAAAUGCCAGUUCUACAGGCAUUUUUGAACCCUUCACGAAAUGUUGGAACCCCACUUUGUGUAAUUUACUUUCCAUUCCAAUGUCUAUUUAUCCUUCAGUGAAAGACACAAGCUUCAAUUUUGGAUCAGCUGACUCUGAAAUAUUUGGGGUACCUAUUCCAAUAAUGGCAUUGGUAGCUGACCAGCAGUCAGCAAUGUUUGGAGAAUGCUGCUUUCAGCCAGGAGAUGUUAAACUGACGAUGGGUACAGGUGGUUUCUGGAAUGUUAAUACAGGAGGGAAUCUGUGUGCAUCACACGGGGGUCUGUACCCACUGAUUGGUUGGAAGAUUGGGGAAGAAGUUGUUUACUUAACUGAAGGCUCUAUGUCAAACAUUGGCACUACCAUAAAGUGGGCUCAGGAUAUAAAUCUUUUCACCAAUGUAGAUGAAACAGCAAAAAUGGCACGGAGUAUUGUUGAUUCUCAAGGCGUUUGUUUUGUUCCAGGUUUUCAGGUUUCUGCAAAUGAUCCAUGCUUAAGUGCCUCUUUCAUGGGGCUGAAACCCACUACUACCAGAAACCAUCUUGUACGAGCUAUCCUAGAAUCUGUAGCUUUCAGAAACAAACAGCUUUUUGAUAUCAUCGUGAAGAAAGUACGCAUUCCUCUUCGAACUGUUCGAGCUGAUGGAGGUGUCAGUAAUAACAGUUUUGUCAUGCAGAUGACUUCAGAUUUGAUUAAUAAGAAAAUAGAAAAGCCUUCAAAUACAGAUAUGUCUAGUCUUGGUGCAGCUUUUCUUGCAGGUCUUGCAUCAGGACUUUGGACUGACAAAGAACAGCUAAAGAAGCUGAGGCGAAUAGAAACAGUUUUUGAGCCUCAAAAGGACGAGGAGGAAUACAAACCUGCUAUGGACACCUGGAUGCAAGCGGUGAAGUGCUCCUUGCACUGGUAGAAAUUGACAUUUUGGAGAUAGAAGGAAUCAAAUUAUAAGAUUUUGUAGUUAACAGAAUGGUUAAAAUUGUAACUGAAAUUUGUGAUGGUAUAUAAAACUUAUAACGUCCUUCAGUAACCUUUGUGCUGUUGGAGAACUUACCACUCCAUAAUGAACCUUCAUAUCAUCCUCCCACCAGCUGUAGUCCAGAUGCAGCGUUUGUGUCCCUUCGGUGACCCCCUUUGGGUGGCCCAACUGCUUGAAACCAUGCUUUAUAUGUUGGGAGUUUUUUCCUAUGAUGUGUUUUCUACUGAGGAACUCAUCUCCCAUCUGAUCUUUAAAAGCUUUGAUAUGUUAACCAUCAAGGAAUCUAAAAAGGGACAUGCGCUUCCCUAGGUAUUUCUAAGAAGAGUAAAAUAAUUAUUUAGAAAGACAUGGGAAAUCGUUUGCCUGUUACCACAUUUUGAUUGACUUUUUAAGGAAACAUUUGACCCAGCUGUGUGAUGGCAUUUUUGUGGUGCCUCGGGAUUAUCACGAAAUUAAGAUGAGAAACAAAAGCAAAUAUGCUUUCAAAACUCCUUAAAAGAUGCUUCUUUCCAGGAUUUUUGUAGCUGAUGUUUAUUACCUACUACCUAUCUACUUUGUAGCUACAUUUUUUAAAUUUUAUAAAGACAAAAACUGCAUUAUAUGGCACGAUUAAUAUAAAUGUUAGCAUACCUGUAACUACGUUUAACUUGUAAAAGUCUGUAAUAUUAGUAUUUUCAAGCCCAUCACUACAUCCUAUUAUUACUGGGAAAAACGGGGUUGAAAGUCUGUUUUUGAAGUUACUACUUUUACAUUUUUAAAAUAAACUGUAAUUAAAGAAACAUGUAAUUAAUUAUGCAUCUGUUCAUCACUAAUCUUAAAUUACUACAAGUUUCUCAGGGCUACAUGUAAAUCAGUUUCAGAUCAUAAUUUUCUACUUCAGAAAAUGUUACUGGCAAAAAAAUGUUACCAGACUAAAAAGAGAAGGGUAUCAUUCUGGCAUUGUGAACAGAAGAUGGUGGCCUUGCUUGUAGUUACUCUGCGCUUCAUUCUCAUUGAAGGAGUUUAAUUAAUCAAAGUCUGCCUAAAGAUAGUGUCUACCUAUGAGCCCCUUGAUGACAUCUCAUGGCUUGUGUUCAUUUUGUAGUUACGUGGUUUUCUAGGCUUGACUGGGGUUCCCAUGCUCUGUUCCCAAAUAGAUAUCUAAUGGGAUCUGAAUCUGACUCUAUUGAUACCGUUUGCUUGGAAAAAUAGCUAGCUGUGUGCCUUAUUUGCACCUUUUCAUUGUGGUGGUUUUCAUCCUGACCAUAGUACAGCCAAAAUACAUGCAAUUUUGCACUUGGUAUCAGGUCAGUUUAAUAGUAAAUGUAAUGAUAUAAAAAGAAGUUAAUAUUGCUAAUUUUGGCACUAUCAUUUUAAGAAAUGUACCACGUUGAGACUGCACAUGUUUUACUUAGCAUUGGGCAGUAAUGGACCUCAUCAGUCAUGCGAAGAUCAGGAAUUCAGCUGAGAGAUGUGUUAAUGAUCCUUGUGCAUCCUGCCAUCACCUGCAUGUGGUACUGAUGGUAGGUCUGCCUAAUUGGGAUGCAGCUAUUAUCUGUGAUGGUACACAGUCUCAUAUUUUAGAUUCACAGAAUAUCACAACUUGGAAGGGACCCAUGAGGAUCUCCAACUCCUGAUACUUGGGACAACAUGGCACAAAAAAUUAUAGGGUUGGUCAGAUCUCAGAGGUGUUGGAUUAAUAAUGUAAGUAGAAAGGAAAGAAAAACAAUCUUCAAAAAAUUGAAAAUAAUCUCAGCAGAUGCAGUGUGAGUUUUCUUAAAAAACAAUCCAGUCACUGAUGCAUAAAAUCUCAGUGUAAUCAGCUUUGCAACCAUUUUAAAAAAUAUUUUCUUCUCUCCUUUAGCGAUUAAUUUUAUGAAAAAUUAAUUCUCUCUUACCUGUUUCUGACAAGAAUGUUCAUACACGCUCUCCUGUUGGAAGAAAUUACAAAAGCAAAAUAAUGAAUUGCUGUUCCAGUCUGCUAGCUUCUUUUUGUUGUGGUCUAUGUAGCAAGAUCCUUCAGCUGGUGCCAUGUAUGCCAUGUACUCAGGCUCAGGGAGCAGCUUGGACUCACCAUCUGAACAGCAGCUGUGUGAAAAGAAGGUAAGAAUCAUUUCUUGCCAGUCAGUGGAGCAUGAAAUACAGAUAGGUUUUUAAAAUGUUGGUUAUGUUUUUUUUCUCUUACUGUUCCAAGCCCAGAGGUACAGGUAGAGUUGUCAUUUUGUCUUCAGCCAGAUACUGCAGGUCAGAGUAUGGAGGUGUUCUGACCCAGAGGUUGGGCCACAUUUUAGUUUGAGGUUUUACAGUGAGACAAACAAGUUCAGCUCGCUCUUCAGGAGAGAUAUUGGUGUGGGGGUUAUGGAUUAGUGUUGGUAUCACAGCACAGGUUGGGACUCGCAAAGCAUUGAAAUCAGCAGAUAGUGCAAAGUAAUGCGUUAUGAAAAGGAAAAGGGGGCGAUGAUCUGGAAAGGAACAACCAGCCAUGGGGAGCACGGUGUUGUGCUGAGGCUUUGAGACUACGGACCGUUUUCAGAGAGCAGCAUCAGAGCUUCCUAAGUAUGGAUCUUACUUGGAGAGAUCGCUAACCUCCGUGCCUUUGCAGAGCUAAGGGACCGGUUAGAGCCGAGUCUUCAGUGUGGAUCUCAGACUGAGUUUGGGAUUUAUGUAAGUUCUGAGAGUACAGAUGGGUUUAGAACCUUGCAGAAGUAGUAACACUCACUGCAAACUGAUUGUUUCAGCAGCUUCAGAGUGAGCAGAGUGUGUGUGCAUACAAGGCUCAUUCUGCAGGUGGCUGAAAGCCAGUGCCAACUAUGGCAGUCACCGUCCAUCUCCUUUCCACAAUGCUUAAAUGCCUUUUUCAUGUUUGUAAUCAUAGCAUCUGCCAUAAGCGUUGCAUAAAAAUAACCAAAUGAACUAAAAA